AUGACAUCAAUAUUUCAUGAGGUUACUCCACUUUUACAAUCUUUUAUUGUUUGCCUAGAAGACUUCGAUAUCGGCAAAAAAUUGGGUUCUGGUGGAUUUGGAGAAGUUUAUUACGGAGUUCACGAACCCUCUGGAUAUCGAUGCGCAAUUAAGCGUCUGUUCUUCAAAGAACUUAAAGGUGAUGAUCUUUUGCUAUUUAAACGAGAAAUAGAAGUCCUAAUACGUUGUACAAAUCCAUUUUGUUUACCAAUUGUUGGAUGGACCGCAUAUUAUCCAUAUUCGAUUAUUACACAGUAUAUACCAAACGGAUCACUCUAUCAAAAGUUGUAUAAGAGUAAACAUAAUAACAAAUUGACUCCAACGGAAAAAUCAAUAAUUAUGUAUGGAAUUGCUGUUGGAAUGGAACAUAUCCACAGCUUAGGAAUCAUACACAGAGAUCUAAAAUCAAUGAAUAUACUUCUAGAUGAUAGAAAUUUCCCAAUGAUUUGCGAUUUCGGCUUAUCGAGAGUUUUACCAGAAGAACACGAACUCAUGACGUUAGAAAUAGGUACAACAAAUUGGAUGGCCCCAGAAUUGUUCGAAAAAUCUGAAUAUACAGAAAAGAUUGACGUUUAUGCCUUUAGUAUGAUUAUUGUUGAAAUGUUGACAGAAACAAUGCCAUUUAUAAAGUACAAAGAUGCCGAAAUUGCUAAAAUGGUGCUCGCAGGAAAACGUCCAAAAUUACCAGAUGAUACUCCACGAAAAAUCAAGCAUUUAGUCACUCGUUGCUGGUCCCAAAAUCCAUCAGAACGUCCAACGUUUUCAGAUAUCGUCAAAGAACUCAAGCACGGCGAUGUUGUAUUUCAAAAUACGAAUUAUUCUAUUUUUAUGGACGAACUCUCAUUCGCUACAAAGAAACUCGCAUUGUCCAACACAUCUGAUGCCCCUCGUCCACCCCUUUUCUCAGAAUCAGCCAUAAAACGUGCUGCAACUGAAUCAAGUCAAAAAUUAAGACCAAGAUUCGACAGAUUACAACAGUUUUCUAUUCCUGAUUACAUAGAAAACUUCUCUGCAUGUGCCCAUUCACUUACUCUCCAGAAUGCUCAGAUCUUUUUCUCAGGAGUUGCAAAUGCUUUCAAAGAUCAAACAGCGAAAGAUUUUAUUCCAAAAAUUUUGGAUACUUUGGAGCAUUUGUUUGCCAAGAAAAAGACAAUUAUAGGAGCGUUCAGUGAGUCAGGUAUAUUAGACAAGAUGCCUGUCUUUCCACAAGACCAUUCCAUGAGAUGUCUUAAUAUUAUUAAACUGAUUGUUGAAAAGGAAAAAGAUUCAUUGACAAGAAACAUGUUGAAUUACAUAAGAAAGUUUAUUCCUCAUACCCCUUCCGAUGUAAUUCAAAUUUUGUCAAUCCCUUUAUCAAAAUUUUCCUCAAAAAAGAGUUCGUGGGAUGUCAUUGACUUUGCAAUUGAUUGUUGGCAUCUUUUUAUUGAUUCUUAUUGUGAAGAAUAUUUGAAUUUUAUGCUCAACGUUAUUUCUGAAAAUCCACAACUUGAAAAGUAUCGAGCAAAAUACUUUAGAUCUAUUCUUUUUGAAGUUCUUAAGAUGAGUAACUCACAUACAACUUCUGCUUACAAAGUAUGUCUCACUAAAUCAGAUGAUGGAUUUGUUAUUCCUUCACAAAUCCUUGCAAAACAUAUUUCUUCUGGAGAUUUCCUUGAUUUGGCUGUUUCUUAUAUUUCGAAAAUUCCAACAGUUGAACCUUCAAUUGCAUUGUUAUCUGCUUUAUUAAAACAAAGUGGAUUUCACGAUGGAAGUUACCAAGCUGUAUUACAACUGUGUGCGUUGCAUAGAACAGCAUGUGUUAAUGUAAUUCAUUUGAGAAAAGAAUGGUUAUAUCUUCCAUCUGUUUCUAAUCAAAAGAAAGCUAAAAUUCUUGAGUCUUCUUUUGCAUUUAAUAAAGUAAAAGAAGCAGCAUGGAAGACUACAGAAGUACGUGAGUUUAUGGAUGAACUUCGCAAUUCACAUAAGAAAGAAGAUAAGAAAUUAUAUUCUGAGAUUAUUCAGAUUUGA